UGCGUAAGCGGUGGAUGUAAAAGCAGACAAUCCGAUCCAAAUCAAUCCAAGUCAUCGCUGUGAUCGCAGUCUCCGACUCUCCGCAGCGGCUGCAUAGAUGUGGUUGCUACAUUUUCGGUUUAGGAGCCGCUGCGAAAUUUGAGCGAGUUUCCUCCCAGUCAUGAAUCGACUAAGGUUCGCUGUCCAAGCCGUCGCCGUCUUCUGGUUCUGCGAGGCUGUCGGCCCAGCGGCCGCGCAAAACUGCAAGCUCGAGGGAGGCUAUCGCUACGAGAGCCUGCUGUCCGCCGUCUGGUAUGCGGAGCCAGACAAGGACAAAUGUGAAGUGAAGAGCAACACUGGGGGCUGCUCCUGGUACCUGCAGUUCUGCAACAACCUCAAAGUGAACCCGUGCGGACCCAACACUGCUUGCGAGGUUGGCAGCACGCUGCAUGACCCUCAGACCCUCGGUACCUUCAAGAACCUAACCUCCAACGGUUACGACAGCUUCGUGGCCCACUUUGAAUCCGAACCCAAUCGCAACGUCAGUGUGACCAAGUGCCAGGGGAUCCUCAAGACCAACCUGGUGUUCAAGUGCGAUGCCGCCAAGGGCAUCUCCAUCGGCAACGACACCCUGCUGGCGAAACUGCCGUUCGACAACGUCAAGAGCAGCGACGACUGCGAGCGCAACCUGACGGUGCCCUUCAGCGGGGCCUGCGGCACCAAGCCAGCCACAGCCUCUGCCGGACUCAGCGCCGGCUCCGUCCUGCUCAUCCUGUUCUUUGUGGGGGUGCUGCUCUACCUGGUGGGGGGCGUGAUCCUCAAGCACAACAGCGGGGCCCGCGGCUGGGAGAUGCUGCCCCACCAGCAGUUCUGGAGCGAGCUGCCCUCCCUGAUUGUGGAGGGCUGCGUCUACUUUGUCAAGCUGGUCACCUGCCAGGCCACUUCGGGCGCCGGAGCCAAUAGGAGCUACGACGACAUCUAAGACUCUUCGAGAUCCUAGACCUUUUUUCAAAUUGGCCGCGACGAGAUUCCGCAGAACUUUCCGAGAGCAACGGUGCCUUCGUUCAAUGGAUGAAAUCGUUUGUUUUUCAACUUUUUAACGAUCCUGAGUGUUACGUUAGUCGUUGUAAUCUACGUCUUUUUCGGUAAUCCUUCUUAAGCUUCGUGGUUGGCUUUGCACCGACGCAACAGGGGUACUCUGUUUAGACAACAGUUGCAGAUUACAAAUAAAUAGCACGAAGGUCAAGUAAACACUGAUGGAACAAGCGCCAACUAACAACUGUCGUUUUAUUACCACUUUGAAUACUAUAGUAAUAUUAUUUUUUAAUACUACGGUAUUAAAACGACAGUUGCGAGUUAGCGCUUGUUCCGUCAGUGUACACUUGACCUUUGUGCUAUUUAUUUGUAUCCAAAUAGCCUACCUUAAUAUUUUAGGACAGCAGUUGUAUCCGGUUAUCGGUGCGGUGCUUGAAGAGACUGCGCGUUCACUCGCUCCUUGUGCAUGCUAUUGUUUUUGUUGAAUGACUGGUGCCACCUUUGCCUAGAGUUACAGUAUUUGGUUGUUUGUAAGAGAGCUUUACCUCCGCUGCGGUCAAUUCUGAGAAGGGCACGCGGUGAAGCAAUAAUAAAAUAUGCUAUUGUUACAGA